UUUGUAAAUGAUUAAUACAAAUGCUUUCACAUGAAAUGGUCAGUCUGUAAGGCUUGUUUAACUUGAAAUGCAAAUUGUUCGAUUAAGCGUUACACAACACCGGAAACAAGCGGUUGGUGUUACACAGAAUUCAGUCCCCCUUGCGUUCGGCCGGGUUUAUGAACUCCGUUAACAUGGCCAGUGCGGUGUGUGCCAGAGUCCUCCUUCAGAGAUCAACACAUGGAUUUCUCUUCUCCUCCAGGGCAAUACCCGCUUCCUCAAGCCCAUUUCUGUCUCGUGCACAUAAAUUGGGUCCCAGCGAUGACGAAAUGUACCAGCGUACCUCAGUGUCGGUCAUGCAGAAGGAGCCGGGCGGCGGGAUCAUGAUCCACAGCUACAGUUCUAGAGGAUUCAACAUUGACGGCAACAAGGUGAUCGGGCCCUGUGCUGUGCUGCCACCUGCUAUCCUCCAGUGGAAUGUUGGCAGUUAUAAAGACAUUACCGAAGAAAGUGUCUCACUUUUUCACAUGCUUGAACCAAGAAUAGAGAUUCUUGUGCUGGGCACAGGUGCACGUGUUGAACGAAUUAACCCCUCAGUCCUCGCUCUACUCAAGCGUAAAGGCAUCGCUGUGGAGGUGCAAGACACGCCAAAUGCCUGUGCAACCUUCAACUUCCUGAUCAAUGAGCGAAGAGUGGCAGCCGCCGGUCUGAUCCCUCCGCCCGUCAGCACGGAGCUGGAAGUGAGAAAGGAAUAAGUGUUGCAAUGUCAACAGAAACUAGAACUGAUUUCUGCAGAUAGAGGUUUGAGGUUUAUGAAUGAUCCCAGUCCUGUUGGAUGGUUAUUCUUCUUCUUCACAAAGCUUCCAAAUGAACAAACACAGUGGCUCUUAAGAAUUACUACAUUUGGUUACAACUGUUAUUUUUUGGAGAUGGUAUUAAAACACUCAUUGUCACCACCCAGUGAUCUGAGCAGUGACCUGACUCAGAGAGAUUGUAAUAUAGUGUGAACACUGUUCUUGUAUAGAAAUUCUGUGUUAUGUGUAUGAAAUAUAUGUAUUUAAGCUCUACAUGCAACAAACAACCCAAGUGUCAUGAAUUUAAUGUUUUGUUAGAAUAUGGGAUGUUAAUUAAAAAGAGACAGAUGCUAUUGUCUGUGCAGCAGAUACAAAUCUAUAUAUCUAU